AUGCAAGAUAUUUCCGCAUUAGAAAAUUUAUUAUUAAAACCAUAAGAAGAAGCAUUUAAGUAUUUAGUUAAAGGAUCUGAUGAAUAUUAUUACUUUUUUUUUCUGAAACUCUUUCAUCAAAAAGGAGCUAAUUUAUCUAUAGAUGAAAAAGAAUAAUUAAAGGAAUUUAUUUCUAGAGAUACAGAAUUAGCAGAAAAUAUAAAAAAAAGAAAGCUUUUUACUUAGCUAGAUAAAUACUAAAAUGAUAAUUAUAGAAGAAAUAAACUUUUAGGAUUGUUUAGAGAAUAUGUAUUUAAGAUUGAAUAUAAUGAUGAUGUAGAACCUCAACAAUAUUAUUUUAGUGAUGUUUCAAGGUAAUUAUUUAUAUAAUUUUUAGAGAAGAAGAAGAAGUAGAACCAGAAUUAGAAGAAAAUUAAGAUAUCGAAAAUUAAAAUGAAGAAAACAUAAAAAUUAAAAAAUCUAAUAGUUAAGUUUCAGAAGAUCAGGAAUAAUAAUCAUCAAAGGAUAAGAAAUCUUAAGAUUUGGAACAAGAAAUUGAUUAACAAGAAUAAGUAAUUGAUUAUCAAGAAUAAGAAAUUGAUUAACAAGAAUAAGGAAUUGAUUAACAAGAAUAAGUAAUUGAUUAACAAGAAUCAGAAAUUUAACAAGAAAAUCAAUAAAUAAAUGAAGAUAAAGAAAACUUAUAAGAUAACAAUGAUGACAAUGAUAAGUGUUCUAAUGAAAUUAUUGAGGUAUAAGAAGAGGAAAUGGAAUAUGAAAAAUAUUAUCCUUCUUAAUUAGAUCAAGCAUCCAUUAGUUUGACUACUUUCUUAAAUAAAGCGCUUUAAUAUCCAUCAGUUUAUUUAAGUUAUCUUCAGUCUCAAUAUUAUUAUCUUAUAGAUUUAGAUCACUUAUUAUAAUCAAAAGAUGUUUCAUCAAUUGAAACAUAUUUGGAUAGAGCUUCAAACUUAGAUUAGUAACUAUUAUAAAUUAUAUUUAAGGAAUCAAGAAGUUAUUAAAUUGUUUUAGUUUCUUUUAAAUCAAAAAAAAUAAUCAAACAAAUUAUACAAUUUUCUACCAAAGUUAUCUGAAACCUAAUUGGAUUAAUUAUUAUAAAUUUAUCCUAAAUUGUUGGACGAUAAAGAUUUUGUGACAAUUUACUAUUAAAUUAAAUUUGAAAGAAAAAUAACCUAAUUUAAAGAAGAUAAAUAAGAAUUGUAUAAAUUAAAAGAGACUACAACAGAAUUCUUUUUUAAAUUGUCUUCAAAGUUUUAAGAUUUAAAAAUUUAACAUUUAAAUUCCUUAAUUGAGUAUGGAACUUAAAAUAAUAUACAAAUUAAAUAAGAAUUAAUAAUUGAAUGGUUGAAAUAUCAUUAAUCUAUUUUUAAUUCUUUAAAUGACGAUUAGUAAGCGAAUGAAGAUUAAAGAAUUGUUUAUUUAGUAGGAAAUAAUUAUGAAUUUAAAAUUUUUAAGAGUUAUUUAUAAACUUAUUUAAAGAAUAAUGAAAACUUAAGUUUUCUUUCUUAAUAUGUAUAAAAUAAGAUUUUAGAUUAAUUGGAAGCUGAAUUAAAAUUAUAUUAAGGAAAAUAAAUAGAACAUAUUUCAAAGAUAUUGCCAUAAUAUAAGCUUGAAAGAAUGAAUAAUGAAAAGAUUUUAGAGAUUUUAGAUACGAACAAAAAAUAUUUUAAACAUGGGUAAAUAAUUAUUAAUAUAUUUUAAGUGAAUAAGUGAGUUUGUAGUGUAAAUUAAAAAAUAUUUAAAAAUUAUCCAUUAAAAUAUUUUAGAUAAAUUGUGAAAAUUAUUGUCUUUUAAAUGAGAGGAAUGCAAAUAUUGAUAUAUCUUUAGAUGGAAUAAUUCCAAAUGAAGAGAUAGAAUUUACUUAUGAAUAAGCUCCGAUUGAAAUAUUCUUUAAAGAAUAUUCUUUUGAUACAAUAACUAAUACUAAAUUUGGUGCAUAUGUGAUUGAAUUUAUAGGAAGUGGUCUUUAUGCAAAAGCAUUUGUUGUUAAAGGAAGAUUAAUCUUAGAAAAUACAAUAACUUCAGCUGGACAUUCUUUAAAAAUUUUUGAUGAAAAAUAAGAACUUUGUAAAGGUGAAGGAACAGGAGUAUGGAUUGAGUCAAAGUUCUAUUAAAUAGAUGAAAGAAAUGAGAUUAUGAUACCUUUUUCUGUAAAUCGUAAAAAUAUUAAUUGUAUUAUUGUACAUGAAAAUUAUGCAGAAGUUUAAGUGAUUACUCUAGAAAUUGAAAAAUAUGAAUUAAAUUGUUUAUUCUUUAUUGAUUAAGAAUAAAUAAUAUCUGAAACAGAUUGUUCUAUUACAAUUUAUCCAGAACUUACAGUUGCUAAUAAAUCAAUAGAUAUUGGAUUAUUGAAAAAUACAAAGAUUAAAGUAUAAUCAAAAAGUUAAUCAAAUGUUAUUAGUUAUGAUUAAACUGAGGAAGCUUAAUUUUAAAAUCGUUAACCUUAUUCUUUUUAAAUGAGAAAUCUUUCAAAUUUGAAUUAAACAAAGAUUAUAGUUUUUGGAUAAAUUAAGUCAAUGACAGAAAAUAAAUUAAUUGAUUUAUAGUUUGAAUUUAAUAUCAAUUAUUAUUAUGAAUCAAUGUUAUGCAAAUAAUACAUAAAAUAUACUGAAUAAAAUGGAUAUGAAUUAGCUGUUAUAGGAAGGAAUGGAGAAACAUAUGAAAAUUUAUUAUUUGAAAUUACAUUCUUAUCUAUAUACACAACUUAAUCAAUAGUAGUAAAAUUAAAAACUGAUGGUUAAGGCAAGAUAUUAUUAGGAUAAUUAGAUGGAAUUAUAUCAUUAAGUUCAUCAUGUUUAUCAUCAAAUUCAUAAUUAACUCCACCUUAAUUAAAAUAUACAUUUUUAAAAACAGAUUAAUAAAAGAAUUCUAUUUAAAUUGAAAAAUAAGAAAUAUAUGAAAAAGAUUUAUUAAAAUGUGUUUAAUUUAAAAUUGAACAAACAGAAGAGAAAUAUUUAGUUUUAGUAAUAGCAUCUCAAUUUCUUCAUCCAUAAAAUCUAUAUAUAUAAUAUGCUUAAUAUUUACAAAAUAAAUAUUUUAUCAAAAAUGAAAAUCAAUUAGAUAGGGAUUUAAUAGAAAAUGAAUUUUAAUCAAAUUAAAAUGUAUAAUUUGAAAUUGCCUAUGUUUAAAAUAGAAGAACAAAACCUGCUUAUAUUGGAAAUACAUUAGAAAAGCCAAAUUUAAUUCUGAAUCGUUAAUUUGUUUAAGAAACAACAAAUGCAGAAGAUGAAUUCUUAUAAGAUAAUUAGGAUGAAGAUUCAGAAGAAUAAUGUCCAUAUGAAUCUUGUGAAGGUGAAGAAUGUGGUUAAAUGGAAUCAGAAGCUCCAAGAAGAUUUAGAUAAAAAGAUAAGAAAAAAUUAGAUUCAAAGAAAAAAUCAAAGGCAAAAGGUAAGAACAAUACUAAUAAUAAAUUAAAUCUAAAAAAAGAAAUCGAUGUCAGUAAUCAUAUGAAUUUUUUAAAAAGAUCUGCUUAAGUAUUAACAAUUUAAUAGGAAAAAUCAAAUUAAUAUUAAUUAACUUUUCCUGAUUAUAUACAAUAAUUACAAAUUGUUGUAAUAAACGAAAAGAAUGUUCAAAACAAAAUAAUUGGUUUUAAAACAAUGGAUCCUUAUAAAAAAGAUAUUACUCAUAAAUCGAAACUAGAAAUAGGUAAAUAUUACUCUACUUACAGAGAAUCAAUUAUUCUUAAAAAAGGAGAAGAAAUUUUAUUACCUGAUUGUGCAAAUACUCAGUUUAAAUUAAUUAAUUCAUAUGAAGAAGCUUGCUAAAUAAUGAAAAAUAUAUCAUAAAAUAUUGAUGCCACAUAAUUAGAUUUAUAUUCAAAUUGGAAUAAUAAGCAUUUAGAUGAAAAAUUUAAACUCUAUAAUAAUUAUUAAUCAGAUGAAUUUAAUGUAUUUUUAUAUUUUAAAGAUCCUGCUUUCUUUGAAAUAUAUAUCUAAGAUUAUAUUAGAAAUAAAAUAGAAAAAUCAUUCAUGGAUCACUUUUUAUUAAAAAACAAUUAAUAUCUAUAAUAAUAAGUAUCUAGUGGUAAGUUUGCAUAAUUAAAUGCUUUAGAACAAACAUUUUUGUUUAUAUUUUUUAAUGAAAUAAGUUAAAAUAAUAGAUUAUCAAAUAGAAUAAGAAAUUGUUUGUUUGAGAAGUUUAAAAAUUAUGAAGUAAAUUUAGCAGAAAGAAAGCAGAAAUUUGAUACAAUAAUAGGUGGAGAAGGUGAAGAAAAAGGUUUAGAAUCAGAAAAUGAGAAUGAUGAAAGAGAUGGAUGUGGAGGAGGUGGAGGAGAUGCUAAUUACGGUGGCGAUGACUUUUAACCUAAUUAUGAUGAUUGUGAAUAAAAUUAUUGUGAAGAAAUUAAAUGUCGUGCAAUGAAGUCAUUCAAAAAAAGAGCUUAUAAAGUAUAUGAAGAUGAAUGUGAAAUAGAAUAUGAUUAGUAUGGUGGAUAUAGAGAUAUGAGUAUUCAACCAUUCAAAAAUGUUAAAUAAACAUCUGAAUUUUGUGAAUUACAUUAUAUAGAUAACAUCGAAUUAUAGAAUCCUGAUUUAACAACUUAUAAUGAUUUUUAUCAUGAUUUAGUUGAGCAUUCUAUAAAUUAUGGUGUAAUUGAAAAUCCUUUUGUUUCAACUAAAUUUAUUUAUAAUAAUCUUGCUUAAAAACAUGAUUUAUUAAUUACAGCUGCUUUAAUUGGAUUACCAUAUGCUAAUUAAGUAUCAGUAGAAUAAAUUUAUAAUGAAAGAGAUCUAAGAAUUAAACCACAAACACCAUGCAUUUUAUUAAUGAAGGAAUUAAAAGAAAUACCAAAAUAAAUCAAUAAAUAAAUCUUAGUUAUUUAAAAAUUUUAUGAUUAAAAUAAUAGAUAUAUUAAAAAAGAUGGAGAUAAUAUAGAAUUAUAACCUUAAGAAUAUGAGAUUAAAAAAGUUUAUUAAUGUGAAAUAGUUAUAACAAAUUGUUCUUCAAAAAAACUAAAUGUAUUUUUAUUACAAGAAAUUCCUAAUGGAUCACUCCCAAUGGAUACAAAUAAUUAUUCUAGUAUUAAUACAGUCAGUCUUUAACCUUAUUAAUCACGUACUUAUCAUUAUUCAUUUUAUUUUCCAAAUAUUGGAUGCUUUUCAGUUUAUCCUGCUGUUGUUUCUACUGAAAAAGCAGUUAUUGCUGUUGCUGAAGAAUAAAAAUUUGUUGUUGUCACUACUUCUUAGAUUUUAAAUAAGGAAAACCUUAUGGAUAUUAUUUAAAAAGGUAGCAAAGAUGAUAUUCUUGAAUAUUUAAGGAAUAAUAGUGGAGUUGAUUUAAGUUAAAUAAAAAAAUAUUUUAAAGAUAGAAACUUUUAUUUAAAAUGUUGUGAUAUUCUCAGAGAGAAAUUAGAAUUAAAAGAAGAAAUACUAUAAUAUUGUUUUAUUCAUAAUGAUCUUGAAGGAUUAAAAGAUUACCUAGCAUUAUCAAAUAUUGAAAAUUUACUUAAAGGAGAAUUUGUUUAUUUAAAAAACUCUUUUAUUGAAAUUAAUUCUAUAAGAUUUUAUGAAUAUUAUCCUUUAAUAACUAAAAGAGUUCAUACAUUAGCUAGAACUGAUUAAGGAAUUUUAAAUGUUUAAUUGAAAUAAAAAUAUCAAGAAUUUUUAAAUUAUCUUGUUAUAAAAUAAGAUUUAACUACUGCUGAUAAAAUAAUAUUUUCAUAUUAUUUAUUACUAUAAUCAAGAAUUAAUGAUGCAAUUUAAAUCUAUUAGAGUAUCAAUACAUAAUUUAAAGAAGAUGAUCCAAUUUUAUAAUAUGAUUAUUUAAGUGCUUAUUUAGAUUUGUAUAUUGGAUAUCCAAAUUUUGAUAGAGCAAGAUCAAUUUGUGAAAAAUAUCUUAGCUAUCCAGUUAUUGAAUGGAGAAAUCUCUUUUAUGAUUUAAUGAAUUUAUUAGCUGAAUUUGAUGGUGAUGAAGAUAGAAGUAUAUAAAAGAAAGAGGAUGAUUCACAUUAAAAAAAUUAGGAUCAAGCAAAUAAAGAAGAAUAAUUGUAAUUUGUUGUUGAAAAUGAACAAAUUAAAAUUACAUAUGCUAAUCUUAAUAAAAUAUCUAUUGAACAUUAUUUAAUUGAUUUAGAAGUAAUAUUCUCUAAAAAUCCUUUUUUAAGUGAUUAAAAUUACAAUAAUUAUACUUACAUUAAACCAAUAUAUUAAUCAAAACGAGAAUUAUAAUCAACUUCAACUUAAUAAACUAUGAUUCUUGAAUUUCCUGAUCAUUUGAAACAUAAAAAUCAAAUUAUCUAAAUUAAAGGAGAUACUAAAAUUGUAAGUCAUCAUUACAUUGAAACAAAAUUAUAAAUAAACAUAACUGAAAAUAGUGGUUAAUUAAGAAUAUCAAAUGAAGAUGGUAAAUACUUAGAAAAGAUAUAUAUAAAAACUUUUGUUAAAAAAAAUGAUGGUCAAAAUAUAUUUUAUAAGGAUGGAUAUACUGAUCUAAGAGGAAGAUUUGAUUAUGCUACACUUGAUUCAUAAUCUUUAGAAGAAGUCUCUAAGUUUGCUGUUUUAAUAGUAAGUAAUGAUUUAGGUAUAGUUAAUUUUAUAUUUUAGGUUCCAUGAUCAAAGAGAUCAAUCCUCCUUCAUAAGUGGGAACUUAUGGAAAAGAAGUUAAACUUCAAUCAAAAUUAUGGACAGGCAAAGCAUAAAAAGAAUAAGAAAAAUAAGAAGUUAUCUAUAAAUAAAAGAUAUUAAGCAAAAAAUGAGUUUAUUAGUUUUUUAAACAUUAAACGAG